GUCUUUGUUAUUUCUUGGUCUCCAUCCAUUUGCGAAGAUGGCUGGCGUCGCCGCGUCGUCGUCGUCGGAUCCCUCGCGCUGGGUCGACUACUUUGCAGUGUUUGGCGUCAACUCCAAUGACAUUGAGGAGCAGCUCGCCGCCCGCUCAUCCUCAUCCACUGCUGCCGCUGCUGCUGCUCUGUCGUCGUCAUUGACCAGCACCCGCGCCCCUUCGCCUGCCAAUGCACCAUCAUCAUCAACAUCAACAUCAACAACAUCAACAGCAGCAGGGACGGCCUCUGUGAGUGCUGCUGCGCUGGCUGCGAAUCCAAUCCCGCUCGAUCCCCAAAUCCAGUCCCGCUACCCGCCACAGGACCACCCCGGCGCGCCAUUCCCAAAGAUGGCCUCACUCUUUUGCCAGCCUUGCGGAUGGACGACGCACACUGAAUACGCAGAGCCUGCAUUCAACGUCGCAGUGCUGAGCGAGGCGGACGGCCUUUGCUACUAUGUCGCCUCGUUGACGUUCUGGGAGCAAGUAGCCACACUGCCUGCAGCAACAACUGCUGCCAACAACAGCGGCUCCACCACUGACCUCCCCCUUCGCCGAGCCCCAAGCCCGUCGCCGUCGUUGAUAACACGAUCCACUUCGUCGCUCACUUCUUCGAGCACGAGACCCAACAACACCGCGUCUGACGCUGUGAGCCAGAGCAACUCGGCGUCAACCAACGCAUCUGUCGCAGAGAGCAUUUACGUUCCCAAGGCAAUCUGCCUGAUUUCGCGCCAUCCCUUCUUUGACGCCUUCCGCCAGAGUCUGUGCCACAUUUUUCUGUCUGCGCAGCAGCUCACCAGCAUUUCUCCCGCAUCUGUCUUCAGUGUGAGUCAGGACACACUCGGUCAUGCGGAGGCAGCCACCACCUUUGCAAACCGCCAGGGCGGAAUCAACGCCGAAAUUCUGGCUCAUAUGGCCGCGCGCAUUGUCAACGACAUCCCGUUGCCUCCGGUCGGUGGGGCCAAAGUCGCAGUCCAAUUUGGAGGCAAAACCAGCUUGCAACCUACACCCGCCACGCCAAGCGCUGCGCCCAGUCCUCGGCAACCACGAGACGGCGACCAGAACAGCUCGUCUGCGGCGGCGCGCGAUGGUGGUGUGGUCUCUUCGAGUGCCUCUUCGGCUGCCGCAAGCACCAUCUUCCUCCAGCGAAACCCUCCUCGCCUCCUCCCAGAUUGCCCCGUUUCCGUCGCAAGCGUCUUCCGAGCCCUUGACGUGAACAAUACGCUGCUGGUGCUCAGUGCCAUUCUCACCGAGCAGAAGGUGGCCUUCAUCUCAUCAUCGCACGCCCAACUCACCAAAGUGUCCAUGGGCUUGUUGGCGCUGAUGUACCCGCUCGUCUACCGCUACGUCUACAUUCCAGUGUUGCCGCGCCAACUGCUUGAAGUCCUGUCGGCGCCCACGCCCGUCAUCCUGGGCCUGCAUACCUCCUUUUUGCUCGACGCCGAAAUCUCGGGCGAGCUCGACAUUGCCAGCCUGGACGACAUGGUCCAAGUCGAUGUGGACAACAACCGCGUGUACAUUCCCCCGUCCAUCAAAGUGCCAGAUCCGCCGUACCGUGCUACCGCUCGGCUGCUCACGCGAUUGCGCGAAAUUCUCUACCCGGAUGUUGUCUUCUCGGACGACGCCUUCACGGGCACUCGCCACCAGCACGUGCAAGCCGCUACUCGCGCUGCCACAGAAACGACAGUGACAAGGUGCUUUGCCUCGGGCGCUAGUUGCUCGCCGGCAUCCAAGGCAGCGCUGACCAAGCAGCUAGAUACCGCUGCCAUUGUCGAGUUGGAAAUCCGGUUGGCCUUUUGCCGCUUCUUUGUGUCCAUCUUGCAUCGGUACCGCGAAUUCCUGGCCGUCGUGCGGGUCCAUCCGACGCCGCGCGUUGUGUUUAACGGUCCUGCCUUUGUUCGGAGUGUGGCCAUGGAUGGCUCGGGCCUGUCCUCGAUGCCACAGAAUGGUGGCGCGAGCGCGGCCAAAUCCGGCGGCCUGGCACAGUCCGAUCAGGAUGGUGCUGGCCGCGAUACCGACUCCCACCCCGACACGGAUGUGGCUGCUGCUUUGGCCGAAGCCGCACAGUCGACACGCAAUCGCAGUCAGACCUUCAGCUCAUCGGGAUCCGCGGUAUCUAUCGCCCGUAAGCUCGUCCAGCUGGGCAGUGCGCCUGCUUCGGACAGCACGAGUGCGAGCAGUGACUGGGACCGCCGCUCGCUGAAUUCGCAUGCUGCCUUCCAUCACGUUCACCGCUCCACUGAAGAAACUGCGUCGAUGAGGGCUUCCUUGACCACCACCCGUGGGUACCAUGGUUUUGCGUCGUCCAGCCUCGCCGCCCCUUUCGUGGAAGCUCUGGUUUCGGGAAAUUGCUUCUCAUACUUUAUCGAGGUCUACGGAGCACCCAACCGCGACCGUACGUUCUUUGACGAUUUUGUGGACCAGUACAAUUUGGAUUCGCGAGUGCGGAUUACGGCAGCCGACUGUCUCGCCCGCGACAUGAUGAGUUAUCCCCUCGACCCCGUCUUUGUGCACAUUCCGCGCAUGGCCGAGCUCCUUGCGGAUGUCGCCGACAGCAUCGCGGCCACCGCCGUGUUGUCCGCUCCUUUGCCGGGCGCCGAACAUGCCGCAAAACCGAUUCCACAGCUGACGACGACUUUGGUGGAAGCUUCGCCGCUCGCGUCACUGGCGCCGGCUGUUCUGCAACGCCUUCUUGUCGUCGCCGAUGGCGCGUCCGCUCAGCCCUUCCAGUCUGGGAUGUCGUCGCGGUGCAGCUGUGAUUUUUCGCAGUGCGAGCAAGAGGGCAGUGCCCUGCACUACGGAUCAGCGCAACAACGCCUCGUCGCAGCUUGCAGGACCACCCUGUUUGCGCUCUCGGCGAUUUCUGGUCGUUCGCACAUCCCGUUUGUUGCCGACACGGACACCGAGUCCAGCACAGUCCUUCACGGCAGUGCAAGUGCGCCGGACCCUUCGUCGCCAAUGUCGCCGACGUUGAAGAUCUCGCACGCCCAAGCUCUGCAAUCCGAAUCGUCGCUUGACGGUGCUCUUGAAAGCACGGAUGCUUUUGCCCAACCAGUCCCGUCGUCGUCGACACUGAUGCACCGCACAACGCUCUUGCGCUCCGUCUCGAUGGGCUCGCCUCCGAAAGCACAAUCCGGACUGGUGCGUCGUCGCAGCGCGCUUCGCUUGCUGGACGUGCUGUCGAGUCGAACGCGUGAUCCUCGAGCGCGACACGGAGGCACGUUGCAAGACCAGCGAGAAUUGCUUUCCAGAUUCUUUGAUCUCUUGUUUUCAGAGCAAAUUCCGGCAGCCUGUGAAAUUCUGGCCCCGAUCAAGCGCAUUUUGAAGGACGAGUCCGCUCGCAUUCACUUUUGCCACAUUCUGCGGCUCAAAGAGCGCGCAGCCGCCGCCAAUCUUGCAUCCGGCGGCAAGACUGCGCUGUCGCGCGAGCAGUUUGCAGUGUUGGCAUCGCUUGCCAAUGUCAUGCUGGCCGACGAGUACAUUAACGAAACGACCACUGCGACGCUGCUGGCAACGCUUUCGCAGCACUUUUUCCGCAUGACUGGCGGCAUGCAAGAGUUUUUGUGGCACAAGAUUGCCAGCCACGAAGUGUGGCGCAAUGACGCCUUUUGGAAGAACUCGUUCUUUGAGCAGAUGGAAGAGCGCUUGGCUCUCGUUUACUCGAGCAACAAUUCUGCCGCAAAAGACCCUGCCGCCACUACUCGCCCGGCGUCGACAACCUCGAACCUUCCCAUUUUCAGCUCACUGGCCCCCGCCGCGUUCAUUGAUAUUGACACGCUGGUGGUUCGACGAACUGCCGAGUGGGAUGCUCUCGAUUCCCAGGCGCGCGACGCCACGUUCCAGAUGGAGGAAGACUUGGUGUUUGAACAACUCCAGCAGCACGCCACGUCCAUGGUCUCGCUGAUGGGCAAUCUGCAAGAGGUCGCACAACUGACAGAGUCGAUUGCUCAAGAGUGCAACCUCGCACCCGAUCGUAUCGAUCAACUGAUGAUGCUGGUCGAGCAGCUUGCCACUCAUCAUGAGCUCAUCCGUCAGCAACUCAAAGAAGAGUACGCCAAAACACCCGACAUUGACUCCAUCCGUCUGUCAACCGCCUCCGUGCCGUUGCUCGAGGGGGAGAUGCUCUUUUUCCAAGCACCCAAAUGCUUGCUCCUGACGACUGCCAAGGAGAACGGCCUCGAACCAGCGGAAGGGACACUGUUUGUCACCAACUACCGGCUGAUCUUUCGUGGAUUUACGUGCAAGCACUCGGUCGCCGCUGCGACCGCCGAUCUCAAGCAGCUGAUGCUCACCCGCUCCGUGCCGCUUUCCUCCAUUUUCAAAAUCACCAAAACAUCACUCAUGUUUGACUCUGAGCACGAGCGGUGGGUUCCCGAGGGUCUUGAGAUUUACAGCAAGAGCAUCCAAGUCAUGCGACUCUGCUUUGAUGACAAUGGGCCCAAUUCCUCGCACUCCAUCACGUCCAUGAUGUACAAGAUGAUCAAAAACCGCGCUACACCGACGCUGGCCAACGAGCUGUUUGCCAUCUGUUCCGGCCGGCAGAGCGACCCGACGAGCAAGAACUGGACUGCGCAUGUGAUAUCAGACUUUACCCGCAUCGAUCCAAACAUUGGGUUGACGACUGCUUCGCCAUUCCGACUGACGAGCGAAAACCGGCACUUCCAACUGAGCUCGACCCUGGGUCCAGUGCUUGCCGUGCCUCGCACGCUCACAGACCUCGAGCUCGGGGCAGUGGCCGAAUUCCAUGUCGAUCGCCGCUUGCCGACGGUGAGCUGGGUGCAUCCGACGCAUCGCAGUAUUGCCCUGCUACGCUCUGGCAUGACAAAGAAUCGCCGCGGAAUCGCCGGAAAGCGUUGCGUCGAGGAUGAAAAGUAUAUCAAAGCAAUUGUUGCCGCUGCUUCGCCCGCCGUCCAGUCUGUGCGUCAUGCAACCACAGUGACGGCUCCAGCUGGGGGUGAUGCGAAAAAGCCGACGGACGAUUCGUACCCGGCGCUGUAUAUUUUGACGGAACGGGCCCAGUCUCGCUCGUUGGUGCCAUCCCGCUCGCAGGAUGCCGACAGCGAGUUUGACGUGCCCUUUUACCCGCGCGUGGAGUUUCUGUACCUCGACCAUUUGGGAUCGAAAGGCCCACUCCAGCCCAAGGACGCACAGCUGGCCCUGGAGCGCCUCGUCCAUGUGUGCUGCCGUGCUCCCGAUGACCAGCUCUUGUCGCAAAUUGAGGAGACUGGCUGGCUUGGUCUUGUCUCGAGCGUGCUGGAUGCGGCCUCGCUGACGGUGAGUCUGAUGGAAACCCUCCGCGCAUCCGUGCUCAUCAGCCUAGAGAAGGGCACGGCGCAGACUGCCAUUAUCGUGUCGCUCGUCCAAAUCAUGUUCGACCCGUACUACCGCACCAUGGAAGGCUUCUUUACGCUCAUUCAGAAAGAGUGGCUGGACGCUGGGCAUCCUUUUGCCUUGCACGGCGGCCAUACGACAGCGAGCUCGGACUCUGCCCGUGCCCCGUACUUUUCCCUGUUCAUUGACGCUGUCUGGCAAAUCACGCGCCAAUUUCCAACCAGCUUUGAGUUUAACGAAGUCUGGCUUGCGCAUAUUGGCUUUCAUGAGCACGCCCUGCGUUUUGGCACGUUUUUGCUCAACUCGAAAAAGGAGCGCGACGAGCCCGGGUCGACAGGCGAGUGUUUGUUUGCUCGACUGGCUGCGGCCCAUCGCGAAUCCGCCGUCUUUUUCAACUUUUUGUACGCUCCCCCAGCCUCGUGUGAAGGCGUGGCGCCGUCUCUGCAAAGCUCUUCUUCGAGCUCGUCUUUCGAUUCCUUUGCGCUUCGCUCGACUGCCGACUGCAUUCGGCCAAGCUCUGAUGUUGCCGCGCUCGCAGUGUGGGCAUACCAGUACCUUACUGCAGAGACGGAACGCUUCGAGUUCCGCCCGGGCCAUGACGAGCAAGGGCCAUUUGGAUCGAUGGUGGCUCUUCUGAAAAAGAUGACGGCCGUGGACGUGUUUGGUGUGAGUGAACCAGCGCUGUCGGAGAAUCAGCCUGACGAUGGCUGGCGUGGGGUCUGGCGCGAGCUAGAGUCGGCCAAGUGGCAUCAACAACAGGAGGAUCCUCUGCAGGAAUUUGUGGGGUCGAGACCCGCGCUGGAAUGUGUAACCGUCUACGGCAGGCAGCCUGCACAUCCACUCCUCAAAGGACGACUCCCCGAGCACCUCGAACCGCUCUACGUGCUGCCUCAUCGAUUCGGGCUCUAUACUUACCGCGCUCCGACCAUGUGCGACCACUGCGGGACGGUUUUGUGGGGUCUCGUUCGGCAAGGCUUUAAAUGCAACGACUGUGGCUACAAUACACACGAGCGCUGUCUCUCGCAAGUACUGAGCACCUGCUCGUCGUUCAAGCGUGCGACUGCGACCGUCAUCAACACGGCUCUUGGCAGUGCCCCUGCACUGCAGCAGCCCGUCGCUACACUGGCAGCGAUCGCCAACUCGCCCGUGGAGUUGCUGCAGCGGAAACUCGCUGCAGUGACUACGGCCCCGGCCCCUACCCCAUCAAAGUGUCGCCGCACCCCUGCACCACCCGGCCCGAUCUCGACGAUUUCAGAUCUCCUCAAGGCAUCCGGGUCGCUGAAUCCGCUCGGCCUGCUCCUUGGAUCUCGUCAAGCCAGCAAGCCCCAAGUGGACGUUGCGCUCGUCGAGACAAAACCUUCCCGUGCAAGUGGCUCGAGUACCGGAUAUGACGAAGAUGGUGAUGAGGGUUCUGCUGCAGCCUCGGCGCUCAGCUGGAUCGAGGUGAGCGCGGUUGAUGGUAGCACGGAGGACGUGAAGCCAACUGCGCCGCUCACUGGGCGCUCGCACCUCAACUCGAUCGGCGGCAAGGCUGGCUCUGGAUUGCCGCGGCUGGGCAGUGUCAGCAUUGGCGGUGUCGCGGUGGCGACUGCCGAUGGUCCUCGGCGUGCAGCACAACAAACAGCGCUCGAGGUGCUGGGAUCGCUGGAUGAGCAACAAGCCGCCGGCGAAGGUGGAACGCCGUCAAAGGUGCCCUCUACACCAACCGCCCCUCGUAGUGUCACGAGAGAUGGGUUUGUUCCAGAAAUGCGCAAAGCUUCGGCCUCCAUUUCGGUGCAGCGCCAGUCCUUGGCACCCGAUACGGACAGUUUGCUGGACGAGGUGGCUGUUGUCGCACCUCAAGGCCCUGCUGCGGCGACAGGUGUGGUCGAUAUCACUAUGGAAGGCGAACUUUGGAAGAUGGGCGGCGCCAUCCACUCGUGGCAGUGUCGUCACUUUAUCCUGGACGCUGGCUCCUACCGUCUGCUCUACUAUGAAGCGCUGAAGACUGGCACGAAGAAGUUUAAGGGAGAGGUCGAUUUCAGGAAGGUGUCCCGCGUCACCGAGCUGACGACGUCGCCGGGCGGUAUUGGUGCGAAAGGCCGUGAAGCGAACGGAAGCUACUUUGAAAUUGCCACCGACGAGCGCACCUUUUACUUCCUGGCGCCGAGUCCCGAGUCGCGCAGCCAAUGGAUGCGGCAGCUGAACUCAUUGUUGGUGCAUAUGCGUCAGGCCGGUGUGAAUAAGCUGUAAAAUGUAUGAAUGUGUUACGUGAACUAAUGAACAAGAACAAAACAAUAGCAAAGCUCACAGAACCAAAGUCUUGACGAACGUCCCUUCUUGAAACAAAGUCGGAAUACAUGACAAAUCAUGCACUUGUGUUGACGCUUAAUCAUCGUUUGAGCACAUGCAACG